AUGGCCAACCUCCCAGUAAAUCUAUCCAUCUCGGUGCCUACUUUGGUUGGGUCAUUACUCUCUUGUACAACUAGCUUCCUCGCUCUCUGCCUUCACACAAUUGUUCCCCCGCAACGGCGGCAUUUCCGACAUGCUCUAAUAGUAAAUCUGCUUGUUGCAGGCUUUGUUGGCCUUGGUCUCGGUACAUAUGGGCCUGUAAGCGGCAACUGGUGUUGGAUACAAUCGCAGCAUCUUGGCCUUCGCUACGGCCUCACGCACGCUUGGCGCAUCGCCAUUUUCCUGGCCACGAUAUCAAUCUACACCUUUAUCUACAUCAAGCUCCGACGUCUGUUCAGCAGCCUCAAGGUUGACCUUAGUUCGUCUGCAGCUGGCCAAGAUUUAGCUGGUAACCGGUCUCGGAGUGAACCAGAUACCACAGAGCCGUCCGAUAGCCGCCGGAUCUGGAUCACUACAACUGUUGAAGCCUCGUAUGAGUUGCAAUCUCAGCCAAUAUCCAAAGGAGACCAGCGUGAAGAGGGUUCAAACAUUGGGAAAUCACAGUGGUCCGCUUCCCCAAGAGACCAGCCUCCUCCAACAGAGAUCCCCUACACAGAUACAACCCAGCAAUCCUCGAACAAUGUGGAGCCAUCUAGGAAUGCGCUGGCAUCGCCUAACCUAAAGAGAAUGCUUCUGUUGAAUGGAUAUCCGAUUGCGUACAUUAUCCUCUGGAUUCCUGGCAUGGCGAACCGCUUGGCUGAGUCGGUGGGUACAUCGCCACAAUGGCUCACGUCGUUGCAGGCCUGUACUCAGUUCGUUGGGAUGGUUAACGCCCUGACUUAUGGCUUCACCGAGCAGAUGCAGCGCGCGAUACAGAUGUGGAUGAAGAGGCGCAGUUUCCGAACACUAGAUAUUGAAUAA